UUAUCACUACCACAAACAUAAGUGAAAAAUCAAAGUAACAAAGAAUAUUCUCCAAAGAAAAAACCAAGCUUUACAUAAGAGGGAAAAAAAAAGAAAUGGAGAACUUCCCGGUUAUCAAUUUGGAAAAUCUUAAUGGUGAGGAGAGACAAGCUACCAUGGCUAAGAUCCACGACGCUUGUGAAAAUUGGGGUUUUUUCGAGUUGGUAAAUCAUGGAAUUUCACAUGAUCUGAUGGACACGGUGGAGAGGAUCACAAAGGAGCAUUACAAGAAAUGUAAUGAACAAAGAUUUAAAGAGCUUGUAGCAAGCAAAGGCUUAGAGAAUGUGUCUACUGAGAUUAAGGACAUGGAUUGGGAAAGCACCUUCUAUUUGCGCCACCUUCCUGAUUCUAACAUUGCCUCUAUCCCUGAUCUAGAUGACGAAUAUAGGAGGGUAAUGAAGGAGUUUGGUCUGAGACUAGAAAAACUAGCAGAAGAUCUUUUGGACUUGUUGUGUGAGAAUCUAGGGUUAGAGAAAGGUUACCUUAAGAAGGUAUUCUAUGGAGGCAGAGCACCCAACUAUGGUACCAAGGUGAGCAAUUACCCACCAUGCCCUAAACCUGACUUGAUCAAGGGACUACGAGCCCAUACCGAUGCAGGUGGCAUCAUCCUCUUAUUCCAAGAUGACAAAGUUAGCGGCUUACAACUCCUUAAAGAUGACCAAUGGAUCGAUGUUCCACCCAUGCGCCACUCUAUUGUUAUCAACCUUGGUGACCAACUUGAGGUAAUCAGUAAUGGGAAAUACAAGAGUGUUCUGCAUCGAGUAGUAGCCCAAACAGGCGGGACUAGAAUGUCGAUUGCAUCGUUCUACAACCCUGCAAGCGAUGCAGUGAUCUUCCCUGCACCUUGUUUGGUGGAGAAGGAUCAGCAAAAGCAAAUCUACCCAGAAUUUGUAUUUGAUGACUACAUGAAGCUGUAUGCAGGCCUUAAAUUCCAGCCUAAGGAGCCCAGGUUUGAAGCUAUGAAGAAUGCCCAAAAUGGAGUCAAGUUGGACUUAGGUCCUAUUGCUGCUGCUUAUUAGAAUAACAAACAUUAUAUAUAGAUCCAGCAUAUAUUCUUCAUAUCAUAGUAUAAAACGAUUUUAUUUUUAUUUGUUUAAAGUUGUUCUUGGUGAAGAAUGUUUGUUCAUCAACAAGUCUUAAAAGAUAAUUAUUUUUUGCACUAGUAAACUUAUAGUUAUAACAUGUAAGUUUCUUUCUUAAGUGUGUUAACAAUAAAUUUUGAGUUAUUACCGAUUA